AGGACUUGCCCGGACACCGGGCAAACUCAGCUGUCAUCUGACCCCAUGUUAAAGAUGGCAGGGAACAAGUCUUAUACUAUAGUUGAAUAUUUCGGCGGGGAUUGCGGUUACCGGUGUGGUUACUGUAAAAAUGACGUAGGAAACUUCUCUCAUGGGAUGUGGUCUCACACCAUGACUGUACAAGACUACCAAGACCUCAUAGACCGAGGAUGGAGAAGAAGUGGGAAAUAUGUCUAUAAGCCCAAAUUGAACAAGACAUGCUGUCCACAAUAUACCAUCAGAUGUCACGCACUGAAAUUCCAGCCUUCCAAAUCCCACAAGAAAAUCCUGAAGAAGAUUAGCAAAUUCAUUUCCAAAGGGGAACUGCCAAAGGGACAGGAUGAUGGGGAGCCAAUGGACUCAGUGUGUGAGGACGCAUGUCCACGAGAACCAAGUAAAGCCUGUCACUCAGAAGAGAAGUGUGCUAGCAUCAAAGACAUUCAGAAGGAACUUCCAGAGUGUCCUGCUAUUACAGAAGCUCAGAAGGAGGUAGCUGAUGCUGCACCGACCAGCUCGGAAACAUCUAGAAAGGAUCAGGGCUCUGUCCAGGAUGAGAGAACAACAGCCACAGCUCCUAAACCGGGGAUGGGAGCUGAUCCUGGCCGGCCGCCAUGUCGGAAGGCCAAAGAUUUAAGGAAGGAGCGCCGUCUUCAGAAAGAGCAGAUUAGACAAAACACUGAUGGGGUCUCCUCCAUUGUCUCUCCUACCCCGCCCAGUCCGGCCCCGUCCAGCCAACCCAAGCUCCUUGAAGAUUUCAUCAAUGAGUCAUUGCCUGACAACUCUUCUCAUUGCCUUGAGGUGAGGCUAGUGCGCUCCAAUCCCCCUAGCCCGCAGUUCAAAGCCUCUUUCGACGCCUCCUACCAGGUGUACAAACUCUACCAGAUGGCCAUUCACAAGGACCCUCCUGACAAACCCUCCGAGAGCCAGGUGAGGCUAGUGUCGGCCGACUUUGAGGACCCUCAAUUCGCAGCGUCCUAUCAGCAGUCGGCGGCGCUGUACGCCCGCUACCAGAUGGCCAUUCAUGGUGAUGACCCCAGCGAAUGUAGUGAGAGCGAGUUCCGGAGAUUUCUCUGUGAUUCACCACUAGAGGCGGAACAUUCUCCAGAUGGGCCCGAGGUGGGCUACGGCUCCUUCCACCAGCAGUACUGGCUGGACGGGCGCAUCGUGGCGGUGGGGGUGCUGGAUAUCCUGCCCACCUGUGUGUCCUCUGUCUACCUGUAUUACCACCCAGACUUUGCCUCGCUGUCUCUGGGCUCCUACUCUGCUCUCAGGGAGAUCGCUUUCACCAGGCAGCUGCAGAAACAGUCCCCCAAGCUGUCCUACUACUACCUGGGCUUUUACAUUCACUCCUGUCCCAAGAUGCGGUAUAAGGGACAGUACCGGCCUUCAGACCUCCUGUGCCCAGAAACCUAUGCCUGGGUACCAAUAGAGCAAUGCCUACCCCACCUGGAGAACACCCGCUACGCUCGAUUCAACCAGGAUCCUGAUGCAGGAGAUGCCCGGGUGCUGAAGGAUGUGGGCAGAGCUCUGGUGCUGUACAGGAGGUCCGUGAUGCCCUACGCCGCUUACUCACGCAAACGCAAAGGCUCCAGCGACGAGACGGAGGUGCAGCAGUACGCCAGCUUGGUUGGCCAGGACUGUGCAGAGAGGAUCUUGCUUUACCGCGCCUAAAUGUACAGCGUCACACCACUGCACCUUUUCAUAUACGUGAAUACACACCUCCCAGCAAUGGUCCGUCUGUUUCUGUUAGUGUAUGCAUGUCUGUGUGUCUCCUCACUGUCUGUGAAAGUGCUUUCUGCUGCCGCUCCCUGUAGUCUCACCGUGCUUAGCUCUACACAGGCUGGACAACGAUGCAGUAGCCACUCACUAUCUGUAUGUAUGUAUGUACUAUAUGUAUGUAUCCAUUCACCCAUUGGCCUCAUUCAUCAGUUAAUCACAUUUAUUUUAAGUAAAAUUUUAUUCAUUAAUGAAACCUGCAGCAUCCAUCCAUCCUCACUUUCUUUCUUUCUUUCUUCUGCGUCCUUUUGUUUGAUUUGACAUUCAUUCAACACUCCUUCUGAUUUUUCAUCCUCAAUCAUGUAUUGCUUAUCUCUCUGAGACCCAACAUUACUGUCUUAAGAGGUGAUAGCGGGCUCGGUUUUAGCUCGAGCUAGAGUAUUAUUAUUUAAUAUAAGAUAUUGUUAUCAUAUGAAAGCAGAAGGAAUCCAUUGGUGCUAAUGAUGUCAUGCCAGAGACCCUAGGGCAUUCAGAGGACGUAUGGCUUUACUACACAAUAAUAAAUAAUUUGCAGAAUUUUAACUGUAUGUACCUUUUUGUGACUGAAUUGGUUGACUGAAUAACUACCCCUUAGUACAUUAAUG